UGUAACGUUGUUUUUGCAACAAUAGGAUCACUACAACCAUAUCUAACAGAGUUGUGGAAAUCAAUGCCCGUAUCGGCUCAACAUCAGGCCAACGACGAGCUGAUCGGCAAUCUAUUGCUCACCUCUAAUAAGGCCAACGGUCUGUCGGCCACCGCCGCCGCUCUCAACACACUUUCCGGUUAUACCAAUGGAGACAAUAACGGACACCAGAACGACGGCCCGGACCUACAGUCUGUAUUGUAUCGGCACAACAUGUGUAAAUGGCCUGGAUGCGAACAAAUGUGCGAUGAUUAUGGCCAAUUUAUCAAGCAUUUAAACAUGGAGCACGGCCUUGAUGACCGGAGUACUGCACACGUCAGGGUUCAGCUGGAAGUCGUUCAACAGUUGGAGCAGCAGUUGGAUCGGGAGAAGGAGCGGUUGUCGGCAAUGAUGCAACACUUGCACGACAAACACCGGGCGGCCCAACAAUCAGCGGCCGCGCCUCCCGUUACCACCGCCUCCUCACGUCUCGGCCAACAAUUGCCCCUUCAGUUCAAGCAUCUGAUGCACGACAGCGGAGGACAAUUGGUCGGUGGCAUCGGUUCCGGGAUCAAAGGCUCGGACACCGACGCCCUCGAGCGCCAGUACUUGGCCGGAAUGGGUCCAAAUGGACUGUCGGCCCACUCGCCGCCCGCCCACUAUCUCGACGAGAAGUUGGCCGCCAUUCGCAAGGCGUCGAUGAUUACGCCGCCGCCCACUGGCCCGCCGUCACCGCCGUUGAUGUCUAGCGGCCCCCGAAGGCGACUGAGCGACAAGUCUGGCGCCGCGUCCGGUGGACCUACGCUGCCGUCGCCUCUUAUACUGACCGCCGGCAACAAUAAUGGCAGUAAUGGCAGCAAUAAUAGCCGCGAUUACGACAAAGAAAUGGGUUUGAGUGGUAAUGGCGGCCAAUCAGGUGGGGGUUCGCUGCCUGACUCGCCCGCCCGGCGCCGCAUCGCUGAGCGAAGUAAUCUGGAUAUCACUGAAGAGAUCACUCGGAAUAGAGAGUUCUACAAGAAUGCUGAGGUCAGGCCUCCAUUCACUUACGCCUCACUUAUAAGACAGGCAAUCAUUGAAUCCAAUGACAAACAAUUAACGCUUAAUGAGAUCUACAAUUGGUUUCAAAACACUUUCUGCUACUUUAGGCGCAACGCCGCCACUUGGAAGAAUGCUGUCCGCCAUAACCUAUCGCUGCACAAGUGUUUCAUGCGAGUGGAGAACGUGAAGGGAGCUGUUUGGACGGUCGACGAGAUCGAGUUUUACAAACGCCGUCCGCAACGACUCCAGGAGCGCAUCGGAUCGGGCGGUUCGUCAGGCGGUGGCGCCGCCGGUGGCGACGAUGACUUCAACAACUACUGGGGCUCCGACUGCGACACCGAUAUGCCGGCCUCAGCGCCCGCACCGCCGCCCAGCAAGAAGCACAUGGCUAGGGGUCGGCCCAAACGGUCGGCGCUCACCAUUAACCGGUCCGUGUCGUUGACGAGUGGCGGCACAGUUACGGAUCACCACAACCGGUCGGCAGCCAUAUUGGGUUCGGUGGGCAGUGCUGUCAAUUCGCCGCCAAACUCGGCGCCCAUCGCUUACGGCGACCACUCGCUGAACGUCUCGCUACAGGCGCUGACCGAUCACACGGCUCUACCGCCGUUCCUGCGCGGCCUUACCGGCCGUCUCGUUAAAUUGGAGGAAAGAGUGGCCGACAAAGAGUUUGACGACAAUUCUGGCGAUAAUAAUGAUAACAACGACAGGAAUGCCGUCAACGUUACCAACGCUUCCGUCGCCGACGACAACUCUUUGGCCAUUGAUAUGAAGACUUCAAUUAAUAGUAAUCCCAGCGAUAACUGUAUUAAUGAUAAUAAGACUAAUAGUAAUAAUAAUAACAAGGAAUCCGUUGCCAUUGAUUCUGACGGCGCCGACCAU